GGGUCAUCAGGUUGCCUUCCACUGCAGAGGGGCAGAGAGAAGUAUCGGAGGGUUUUGCCCGACUGGCUAGGCAUGGGGCUUUUGCCAGGGCCAUGGGAGCCAUUGACGGCUGCCAUGUUCGUAUCAAGUCCCCGGGAGAGCCCCAUGGCCAGAAUUAUUUCAACAGGAAAUCUUUCCAUUCAAUACAGCUGCAGGCGGUGUGUGACCAUGCAGGGCGCUUCAUCGAUGUGUUUGUGGGUUAUCCAGGUUCUGUCCACGACACCCAGGUCCUGAGGCACAGCCCCCGGUUCCAGUCUGUCGCGUACCCACUCCCUGAUACCUUCUUGUUGGGUGAUGGGGGGUACCCCUGUCUGCUGAGGCCCAUUUCCCUCAUCACGCCAUACAAGAAUCCACUCAGGGGAGUGGCACAACAGAGGAACACAGACAGGAGCCUGAAACACCGCAUUCACUCCACCCACCCUACUCACUACACUCACACAAAUGACCAAGGAGGGUGGUCGCACCCUAAGCCUGGGCCCUUCCGAGGUUUCUUCCUACAUGGGAGUUUUUCCUCGUCACUGUUGCCCUUGUGCUUGCUUUAG